CGCUUUAGAGAGUCAGAUGUGGGAGAUUAUGUGUGUCAGGUCACCAGUGGAGACAGAACAGAAGAAAUAACAGUUCAAGUAAAAAGACAUAGUACUAAAUCAAGUUGGGGUCAGUAUUUUUUAAUAGCUAUCUGUACACUUUUCAUGAGCUCAGUGUUAAUAUUAAUAUUGUCAGAAUGAAAAUGAUCAGAAACAGAAUGUAGAUGUAGAGGAUCAUUGGCUGUUUCUCAAAAAAUCUUCAACGGUCUUGUGUUUUCGCUAUCUUAAAUCUACGUCAUCAAUAACCGUCUAAGUCCGGUUUAAAACUCAAGAACACAAAAACAGAAAACGCGUGAAAGUACCUGGAUGUGUUCUCGAAAUCAUGGACACAUCGAAUGCAGCCUUGUGUGUGUAAAGAAUCCACUUGAAGUCCCAGAAGUCACUGCAAGUUCCUUCUUCCGAGGCUGCCUCACAAGACCGGUCUUGUGAGAAGACAUAUUCAAAUGUUGAUGUCAGAGAUUCUGUAAACCUGCAUGGAGACUGUAGUGUAUCGCGUGCAAGAAAUGUUGGAGAUGCAGGAAGGUAUAUUCAGAAUUCACAUUGAUGACAUUAACAGAACAUGGACUGAAGAGGAGAGAUUAGAAAUGGAGGAGUCUGCUUUAAUGGCAGAGUUGAAGAAUCCUGGCGAUUUGAAAAACUUCAUAACUGAAAAAGACACAAAAAUCACACAUUUAGAGGAGCACAAAGAAAGAUCUCUUCUAGAAAAGGACCAAUUCAUACAGGAGAAAGACACUAUUCUGCUAGAGAACAAACAGACACUUGAAAUGAAGGACAAAGAGCUGGAAAAAAGUAAACAUCAACUGGAGACACUGAGAAAUGAAGUACAUGAGGUGAAACUGCAACUGGAUGAACAAAAAAACAAAUUCACUAAUCAGGAGAAACUUCUAGAAGAACACAAACAACAGCAGCAACAAUAUGAUGAAACAAUAAAAAGGCUUCAUUCUGAAGUAGAGAGACUAAAAGAGGUGUCAUCAACGCAUUUAGCUGAGUUGAAUGAAAAAUGUAAAUGUCUAGAAGACACAGAGAAACCUUUAACUGUAAGAGACAUACAGAUUAAUGAUCUUGAGAAAAGCAAAGAAACAGCUUUAGAGGAAAAGGACAGACUUCUGUACAACGCCAUUGAUAAAUUGAAACAAACAACCACAGAGGCCGAAGAAAAACAAAGAGAGAUUGAAGAGAAAAAUAAACUGAUGAGUGAGAAAGAGACGCUGCUGGAGAACGCAGUCAAAGAGCUGGAAACCAGUAAACAUCAACUGGAGACACUGAGAAAUGAACUAAAGGAAAUGAAGCUGGAACUGGACGAAACCGGCUACAAGAACAGCCUACUACAAGUACAGCUGGAGGAGAAACAACAACUGAAGAGUUCUGAAAUGGUCUUAACAACACCAGUAAGAAGAAGUAAGAGCAUGGAGUGGAAUCCUCCAAAGAUUAGUGGAGAAACAGCUCCAGUGAUGGUUUCUGGAUCAGAGCUCAGGCUGGUUCUGCUGGGCAGUGCUGAAUCUGAGAAAAGUGUAGCAGGAAACAUCAUCCUGAGAAGAGAGAAGAAUCAGACUGAUACAUCAGCAGAGACACAGCAGAGUGAGAUCAAACAGGAGGAGGUGGAUGGGAAGCAGGUGACUGUGGUGGAAACUUCUGACUGGUUCUGUUCUGGACUCUCUCUGGAGGAAGUGAGACAAGAUGUAAGACGCUGUAUCCGUCUGUCUGCUCCAGGACCUCACGCCUUCCUCCUGGUCAUACCAGUGCAUCAAUCUACUGGAGUAGUGAGAGAGAUGAAGGAGAAAAUUGAGGAGAUUUUUGGGCAGAGAUGGUGGGAGAACACCUUGAUUCUUUUUACAGUCACUGAAAAUGAACAAGAGAAGAACAUUGAGGAUUUUGUUCAAUCAGGGAAUCAGGAGAUCCAGAGACUUGUAGAGAAAUGUGGGAACAGGUUUCACUGUCUGAACAUUCAUCAGAGUGAAGAUGGUUCACAGGUCUCAGAGCUGCUAGAGAAGAUUGAGAAGAUGAUGGAAGGAAACACAGAGAGAUCCUACAGAAGUGAGAUCUACCUGGAGGUAGAGUCUCAGAUCAGAGCAAUGGAGAAAAAACAUCAUAAGAGACAGAGAGGAGAACAAGGAGAGAGAGAAUAGAGAAGUGAA